AUGUUCAUCAUCGAACACUCACUUCAACAACAACCACUCGGACCUGAUGCUGUUCAUCUUUCAAAGAUACAAGUCCUGACCUUUAGAAAAGGACAAUACACUACAUCUCGAAGAACACAAGCAUAUCAGCAAUUAAAUUGUAAAUAUUCACCCGAUAGUUACAUUCCGGAUGUGGUGCAAUGUAAAAACAUGGGUUUUGAUGGCACCUCUUAUCAAUGGAAAUGCGAAGCCGAUAUGGACGAGAAAUAUCGCUUUGGUUCUGAUUUAAACGUAAAUUGUGAAGGCUUUCGUUAUGCAGGGGAUGAAUUUGUGUUGCGAGGAUCGUGCGCUUUAGAUUUUUCUAUUGAAUGGACAGAGAAAGGACAUCAACAAUCACACACCAUGAAUGAAAUGCGCAAUAGGAAUCGUCAACAACAUCAACCCAACCAACAGUACUAUCAUCAUGAAACUGCAAAGCCUUCAAAUCCAUCAAGCUUAGGGGCUUUUGGUAUUAUUGUUUUGAUAUUAGUGGUAGUUGCGUUUAUUUGGUUGACCAAGUCAUCAUCAACACGAAAUAGAUCGAAUCCAGGAUCUACUACUACUACCUAUCCAUCAUCAAGCACACCCUAUCCCCAAGCAACAUCAUCAAUUUAUCCAGGCGUGAAUCCCAAUUACACAACAACAGAUGAAAAUUAUAAUCCAAACUAUUCUACAGACAACACUUAUUCCACUCCAACAUCCUCAUCAUCCUUUGGUACUGUACCUACUUUUGUUGCAGGUGCAGCAGCUGGCUAUGCUCUCAACAGUCUACUGAAUCGUCAAUCAGCAUCCUCUUCCACAACUGGAAAUGGCUCUUAUUUCAAUUCAGACUCAGAUUACAGAAAUACGUCGACCAACUAUUACAACGAUUCAACUGAUCAGCAUUAUCACCCAAAUACGGACCAUGACUCUUCCACUACCACUCGUACUGCCAAAGGAUAUGGUGGAACAACCUCAAGAUAA